CACCUUCGAACUAUAAGUAUAAAGAAGGCAGAAUCUGUUUCUCUGCCUCUCCUUCCCACCCUUCUCUGCUCCGGCCAGUGUCGGGAGCCGGAGAAAUCUAAUAUCGCUCUUGGACACAGAGGACUUAAGUGUGCAGAGCUCCAAAGAGAGUCGAUGGCUUCAGCCGGCCUGGAAAUCCUGGGCAUGAUUCUGUCUGUGGCUGGCUGGCUGGGGGCAAUGGUGGCCUGCUGCCUGCCCAUGUGGCGCGUGGCGGCGUACGUGGGUCAGAACAUCGUGAUCACACAGGUUGUGUGGGAGGGCCUGUGGAUGAGCUGUGUGGUACAGAGUACAGGCCAGAUGCAUUGCCAGAUCUAUGAUUCCAUGUUAGCGCUGCCCAACGACUUGCAGGCAGCACGAGCCCUGGUUGUCAUUGCUGUGUUCAUCGGUGUGGUGGCCAUGACGCUGGCUGUAGCAGGCGCUAAGUGCACCAACUGCAUGUCAGAUGUGUCCAGUAAACCUCGCAUCAUGCUGUGUGCCGGUGCAGCUUUCAUCACCACUGGGCUGUUGUUACUUGUAGCCAUAUGCUGGUCAGCCUACACCAUUGUCCUGGACUUCCAUGACCCACUACUGCAGGACACACAGAAGAGGGAGUUCGGGAACUCACUGUAUUUUGGCUGGGGCGCCUCCUGCCUGCUUAUCCUAGGUGGAGCUAUACUUUCGUGUUCGUGUGCUUCCAGAGCACCAAAGAAUCCUGCGUCUACCAGAGCACAGUACUCAACGGUGAAAUCAGUGGCUGCAAAUGGAUAUUGCAGAAGGGACUAUGUUUGAAUAAUAUAGGUUGGUAAAUGCAUUUAAAAACAAUAAAAACUUUGCUGGAACAUUAUUCCAUAGGAAAAAAUGCCAGAAAGAGAUGAUAGAAUAGUUAUGCAUGUUUAAACUGUGGCAGAGACCUAAUUCAGUCAGUUUUGACAAUAUUGACAAUAAAUCAGUAGAUGUGUUCUUUCACCAGUAGAUUUAAAAAGGACUUAUUAAUGUUUAAUAACCUUUGUGUUGUUACAGUAUUUUCCCAG